CGGGCGGGUACGGCAAAUAUCCCUGUGUACUUGUUUUCUUUCUCUUCUCUCUCUUCCCUCUCUCCAGGACAGGACUCUUUACUCCGCUUCUUUCUCCGCCUUGUCCCUUUUUCCUCUGGUGUCACCAGAUCAUUCCGGCAUUCCGAGUCACUGCGUGCCCUAGAAAGCCUUGAGCCGAUUUGA